AUGGAUUACAAAUUAAAACUAAUUUAUAUUGUAUUAUUAUUAUUUAUAUUAUUAGUUUUUACUGGUAUAAGUGAUGCAGGAAAAACAAAUACGAGAAAAAGGAAGGUUGUAGAACCAUAUCCCACCCCGAAAAGAGAUCAUAAACAUAGUCCAACCAGAGGAGACCACAGUCCAAGAGAUUCGGAUCAAGAGAUUGAAGGAGCGUUUGAAUGGCCACUGUCUAUUCAAUUGGGAUUUCAGUCACCUGACAAGUCUAUUACAAUUCCUGUUGCACAUGCCGAAUUCGCAGCAAAAGUUUCAUGUGAUGUAGCAUGCACCAUAGGAAUAAACAACGGAAAUUUGGAUGCCAAUGGAAAAUGGCAUGGAAGAGUAAGCAUCGAUAUGGCUCAUCGUAAACAUAAAGAAACUGCCAAAAACAAACGAUCACCUAAAAAAGGUGCAGCCAGAGACAAAGAAAGUGAGCGACAUUGGGCGUUAGUUGACAUUGUUUUGGAGGUAUACACAGUUGGACCGUAUAUAUAUUUGACAAGUACGGAUUUGGAUGUUAUAAAGCCAGAGAAAGGCAAAAAUUACGAGUUGGUGGAGGAUGGUGAGGUUGAUACCUUAGUCAAAAAGUACACAAUAGUAUUGAAAGAAAACAAAGUAAACAGAAAAACAUCAGAGUUAUCCAUUAUAUAUACGUUUAGUGGCGAAGCAGAUGUAUCACCUAUAAUCAAUGGUCUUGGUGAAGAAAUAAACCCAGACAAUGGCUAUAUGUUGGCAUAUUCCGUGCUGACAAAGCUGGCCAUGAGCACUAUUAACGAUCUUGGUGUCGCGAAUAUCAAACAGAUUUUGGUUCAGUUGAAUGACAAGUUUAAAGCAGCAAUGGAUGCCAAAGAAGGAGUCAUGGAGAUUGGAAAUGGUUAUCAAUGGAUACCAAGUGUGUUAUCUCAUGAAUAUGGUCAUUAUGUUCAGCAUAUCGUUUACGAGAAUGCAAAGAAAGAAUUUUUAUCUCCAACAGCAAGUCAUGGAAAUUGCGAUGACGAACCCCAACCACUCACGUUGGCUUGGUCAGAAGGAUAUGCUUCGGCGUUCGGUGUCAUCAUGAGCACAUUGUUAAAGUUCAGCAAACCUGGAGAUGCCGAUGAGAUUCUAUGGAACACUGGCGAAAAUAAUGGUCAAUUCAAUGUUGAAAAUUAUGGAUGUCAUCGCAAGGAGUUGGCAAAUGAUGAAGGUAGAAUUGCAGCGAUGAUUAACGAUUUGGUUGAUGAGGAGAAUGAUUCCAUUGAUAGCAAAAAAGUUGCAGUUGAAAUUGACAAUUUUAUAAAGACCUAUAGUGAUACGAAAGGCAAAGAGGAGUUGGCAAAACAAGUUGAUAAAACUUGGUUUGGAACACAAGAACAAAGCGAUUAUAAUGCUGGAUCCAAUAGAAUCACACCAACUGAAGCUCUGGUUACAUUCCUCUCAAUGGAGAGUCAAGCUCCUACUUUGGCAGGAUACAUCAACACAUUACUACAAACAUUAAGUGGCACACGGAAAGAACGUGCAAUUGAAAUUAUCAAAUAUAACUAUGGAGCUGUUUUUAUUCCAUGA